UGAUUCGAGUUGUGUGAAGUCAAAUAUUGUUAGCGAUUCGGAAGCUGGCUGCUACGGAAUCCCUCCGAAGUUUAGGGUGAGAAAUUUGGACUCGGGGUGAUAGAUCUAAGAGAUGUUCUACCUCAUUUCAUAAUUCAAAAGAUUGCAUCUCAAUUUAUUCAACUUUCUUUUGAGGAGGGAUAAAAAUACGAAAUCACCUUAUUCAAUUGUUCCAGAUGACUCCUACAUUGAAUACAUGGACUCUGGUCAAACUCACUAUCCAAAGAAGUAGAUUUCCAGAAAAGCAAUUUUUUUCUCAAUUUGUUCAGCUGUGGACUGAUAAAGUAACAAGUUUCAGUAGUGGUACUAACUUAAUGAGCCAAUACCCCUCUUCAGAGCAGAAGUUGAAGUAUAUGCGUCACCCAACUAAACUUUGCUGCAGGUUAGAAAAACUUUCCUACUGGCUUCCUGCGUCCCUUUUUAAUUUAUGUAGGGUGCACUCCGAAGACAUCCUCACUAUUCAAAAGCAAUAUGAAAUGGUACAUCUAUCAAGCUGUCAUUAUUACAUUAUAUCUUAUGUAUUUAAGAUGUUUUAGAUUUAUGCACAAUGUUAUGUGUGUUUAUGACUUGUGUGUGUAUACUCUGCAUAUGUAACAAACUUGCAAAUGUUUUUUUAGAUUUCACUCUUUUUUAAUUACGCUAACUUGUGCAAAUGUUUAUUGAGACAGGUUUGGCAUUUGGCACUAACUUGUGCAAAUGUUUAUUGAGACAGGUUUGGCAUUUGGCACUAACUUGUGCAAAUACUAAAUGGGUUUGGUAUUUUUUUAGUAAACUUUUUUAUGUAUUUGUUUUCUCCCCACCUCAGCUGUAUUUUUAUUAUUUUGAUGGACAGAUCUGAGAAAGAGAAGCGUCCCACUUAAGAACAGAAAGGGGUUUAAGAUGUACAGGUUCUUAUUUGUUAGACGUGAUAAUGAACUAGCACCUUGGACAAGUGAUGACCAUGGAGAUUUCCAAAGGCCUAAACCCGUCAUACCUAAGCUUGAAAGCGCAGUUGAUAUUUUGAGAGGAUAGAAAAUCCGUCAUGGCUGAUUUUUGGUAUUGAGAAUUGGCUGAUUACACAUGGAAAGAGAAAGAAGCUUUUGGAGAAAUAAUAGAACUUUUCAUUUUUCGUUUAGGCCAAAAUCUUAUUUUAUAUUUUGGCUUCUCAAUAUGUAUUAACUUAAAAUUUUAUAUCAAGUAAAAGAAUCAGUUGAAUUUACUUUUUUGAAAUUGAAAUGUGGUUGUAUCACUUCUUUUUUAUCCUACGGAUGUUAAUCACAUGCUUGCAUUAGUAUUGAAUGGUAUUUGAAAUAAUAUUUUUAUUUU